AACCCUGAACAUUUCUGAGGAAACACGUAUUGUACCAGAGCCUCUGCAGCAGAGUUACUGAAGAAGACAAAAAACAGAAAAGCAUCUCGAUGGCAUCUGUUGGGAUUCAGAUUCUGGGCAUUGCCCUAGCCAUAAUCGGAUGGAUUGGAACUAUUAUCAUCUGUGCUCUGCCCAUGUGGAAGGUGACGGCUUUCAUCGGAAGCAACAUUGUGACAUCUCAAACCAUCUGGGAGGGUCUCUGGAUGAACUGUGUGGUGCAGAGCACCGGGCAGAUGCAAUGCAAGGUCUACGACUCCAUGCUGGCUCUCCCUCAGGAUCUCCAGGCAGCUCGCGCCUUGGUUGUGAUUGCUCUUUUGGUGUCUCUUUUUGCUCUCCUGCUGUCCAUCGUUGGAGGAAAGUGCACCAACUGCGUGGAGGAUGAAUCUACCAAAGCCAAGGUCUGCAUUGUCUCAGGCAUCAUCUUCAUCAUUGCGGGAGUCCUCACCAUGAUCCCUGUCUGCUGGUCUGCCAACACCAUCAUCAGGGACUUCUACAACCCUUUACUCACUGAUGCCCAAAGGAGGGAGCUUGGUGCUUCUUUGUACAUUGGAUGGGGUGCUGCUGGUCUUCUGAUCCUUGGAGGAGGUCUGCUCUGCUGCUCCUGUCCCCCUCAGGAUAACAGGCCCUACUCUACUAAAUAUUCUGCUGCAAGAUCUACAGCUACAAGCAAGGCUUAUGUGUGA